AUGAGCACGACUUUGGUACGUGCACUCUAUGACUUCAACUCGUCCGACUCGUCCAGCCUUUCCUUUCGUAAAAAUGACAUAAUUCAAGUAUUAACACAGUUGGAGUCCGGCUGGUGGGACGGAUUUUGUAAUGGUGAGCGCGGAUGGUUUCCAAGUAACUAUGUGACUACUUAUGAAGUUGACGACGAUGAUGAACAUCAGGCUGAUUGGAUAACUCAAGAGACUCCAGAUGGAGAAAUAUUUUAUUUUAAUGUAAGGACUCAGGAAUCAACAUGGGAUUUACCAGCGGAUGAUAAUGAGUCAGUUACGACAACACGAUCAACUACGCGCGAUAAUUCAUCAGUGCACGGUGGUAGUAGUACAAAUAAUCAUCAUAGUUAUGUACAUCGUGCAGCUGAUUCACCUCGUUCAGGAUCCAUCAGUUCAUUAAGACCGCCGAGACAAUUACCAGAAGAUUGGAUACAGCAACCAACAGAUGAUGGAACUACAUAUUAUUAUUUAAAUACUAAAACACAAGAAAUUCGAUGGACGUAUCCGGGAGGCGGAGGCAGCGGAGGUGCAAUAUUAGGAAGUAGUGACGAUAAUAUUAAUAAUAUGGAUUAUAAUGAGAAUCCUCUAACAAUUAAUGGCGCGUCAAAUUCGAUAACUAGUAACGACAUAGCAACCGAAUCAUUAUCAAUUGAACAACACAAACAAGAACAAGAAGAGGAAGAUAAUGAAGAUGAAAACGAUAAAGAAAGUAUUGCAAGUUCAAAAGGAAGUCGAUUGAGUAUUAGUACAUUUGACGCAUUUCAUCAUCUCAAAAAAGAUCCAAAUGGCAAUGAAAUUCAAUUGCCACCAAAUUGGGGCUCAAAAGUUACAACACAAGGUCGAGUUUACUAUUUCAAUAAGUUGACUGAUGAGACAACAUGGAGUUUAGAGAAUGUUGAUAUGGAUACUGGUCAAUUACUCGCAAGAGAUUACGGUGAAUACGACAACAAUAAUCAUAUUGAAAAUAAUAUUCUUAAAAAUGGUGAUAUCAUUGAUAAUCAAAUAAAUAAAUCACAUAUUCAACCAAUGGUCGCAUUACCACCGUCACCACAAAGACGUAAAUUUUCAACAUCGUCUAAAAUUCCACCCUCACCUUCAUAUAACGAUACGCUGACAUGGGAGACUUUGUCAAAUAAGAUAAUAAUGUCAAUUCAUCAAUUAAAUCUAGCAGCGAAAGAAAAUCAAAAAUACAAUUACACAUCUUGCACAAAUUCUAUAGUUGAAAGUAUACGAAUUAUGUUAUAUGCUUCUGGAACGGUUGAAAAAGAAUCACCAGCAAUAAGACAAAAUCGUACGCUUAAAAUACAUCAUCGACACAUUAUGGCUUCGUUAUCUAAAUUAGUAUUAUCUACGAAAGUUGCUUCGGGUGUUUGGCCACCACCCGAUGCAGCUCAAAAAAUGAAAAAUGAUGCUGAUGAAGUUUUAGUUGCAGUAAGACAAUUCGUACAAGCUGCCGAACAUACUGUCGAAAUAAAACGUGUUGAUCCUCAGAUAUUAGAAAGUGCAAAUGGUGGCGCUUGGCGUGAUUUACUUGCAUCACUCGAUCAUAUAUCGAGAACAGUUGCGAAAGCAAUAACAUUAUUACUGAAUCAUAUUCGUAAAACAAUGGAUGCACCCCGAGGCGCAAUUGCAAGUAACGCUGCAUUCGCUCCUCAAUUAAUUGCACAAACACGUCAAGUUGUGACACAAGCUGGACAAUUUUUGUCUUUAAUUGAAGACAUUAAUCUCGAAGAUUUAGAUGAGACAAGUCAAAGCUCAAUUAAGGAAUUUAAAGUUGCUAAACAAGCGUUAUAUAAUAGUAUUGCUGGAUUAGUCAUGUGCACUCAACAUGCCACCGAUCCAUCUGCUCCUCAUAAUGCCAUGGAACAAGUUUUAGCUUUGACAAAUCUGGUCGAUAAAUCUGUAAAGGAUGUUAUUAUUGCCACGAAAUUUUUAGUGGAAGAAAAAGAUGCACAAGAUCAAAGACUAGUGAUGCAACUACCUCAACUACUUCAUCAACAUUUAUAA